AUGCCCAAUUUGGAGCAACUUAAACAGCAGCGCGCUAAUCUGCGUCGAAACAUAUCGCGCAUUCGCAAUUCUGUCGACACAAAACUUGCAAUUUCAUCCGCUGAAUUGAAUUGUCGUUUGGCUAUAUUAGAGGCCUACUUUAAGCAAGUUAUGACAGUUCAGACCGAAAUUGAGCAGCUGGAUCCAGACGAAGCAGAGCGUGAGACCAGAGGAGAAAUAGAAGAUACGUACGUCGCUAUCAAGGUGUGCAUUAAUGAGCAGCUAGGUUCAGAUGCCCACAAUUUGACUGUUGCUGACUCAGUUCAUUGCGCUUCUCACUCAACUUCUAUGAAGCUGCCACGUCUGUCACUACCAGUUUUUGAUGGAAAAUACUCCGACUAUAAAAACUUUAUAACAUCGUUUAAGUUAGUCGUUGAUAAGCAGUCUACUUUGUCAUCCAUCGAAAAGUUCAAUCAACUAAUCAAUUGCUUACGUGGCCCGGCCUUAGAAACUGUCAAGGCUUUUCAAAUCACUUCGGAAAAUUAUUCAAAGGCGCUGGAACGCCUCAAGGCCCGCUACGAUAAUCCAACGCUCGUAUUCUUGGACAACAUAAAUUCGCUUUUUACUUUACCUAGUGUUUCAAGGUCAAAUGCGAAACAGCUUCGUAGCCUGAUCGACAACUCAUCAGCCUUGUACAAUUCAUUGUUGUCACUGGGUAAUGCAUCGCAAAUUGCUGAGGCUAUGCUUAUCUCCAUCGUUAUGGAAAGGGUGGAUCAAGACACCAAAAAGAAAUGGAAUGAGCAUUUGAACUUCAGCGAUCUUCCUACAUGGACAUCCUGCGUUUCGGUUGUCGAACGACAUUGCCAAUUCUUGGAGUCAAUAAGUAAGCCCGGUACCGAUAGUAGCGCGAGUCAGCAAGCUAUUGGUAAGCCACGAAACCAAAAACACCAGCGCCAAGGGUUGACUUUCAACUGCACAUCGCAAACGUGUCAUUCAUGCGCUAGCACGGAGCACAGAACUUACAGGUGUCCUCAAAUCGUUGGUGCUACACUCAAUCAGCGUUAUGACAUCACUAAGCGACUGGGACUUUGUCUCAAUUGCUUGGGCAAGGGUCAUCAGGCUGCGAAAUGCCCAUCCACACACAGGUGUCGAUCGUGUUCUCGCUCCCAUCAUACACUAUUGCAUCGUGAUUCAGCUGGUAUGUCUUCGUCUUCACCGCAGUCAACUCCGCAACUCCCUGAAGUACCACAGAAGAACUCAGAAGCAGCUGUUCACACUCACACCGGCUUGAAUCGAAUAAUUUUAGCCACAGCUUUGGUUCUGGUCAAGGAUGCGUCAGGCUGUUAUAAAAUUGGUCGUGCGCUCCUAGACUCUUGUUCACAAGUCAAUUUCGUAUCGGAUCAAUUCGCACAGGCUCUCCGAUUACCUCGCAAACGAAGCCAUAUGGAAAUUCGCAGCAUUGGAGAAUCCCAGACUCAGAUAAAACAUCGAACGUCUACAACAAUCAAGUCACGUUUUGGAGAAUUCGAACUACCGCUAGAUUUCUGUGUUACUUCGAAUAUUGCAUAUCAUCCAGACACAGAAAUUGAUAUCUCAUCAUGGAAGCUGCCUCAAAAUACUCCGUUGGCCGACGAAGGGUUCAACAAAGCUCGUCCUAUUGAUUUGCUGUUAGGGACAGAAGCGUUUUUCGACAUCUUAUCCAUUGGCCAAGUCAGGCUUGGUGUAAAUAUGCCAGUGUUGCAGAAGACGCUCCUUGGAUGGGUAGUUUCGGGCCGUUGCCAAACCGGCUCCACCACAUCACACAGUUACUCGAUUUCCAUGGACGAAGUCAUCAACAACAACAUAGAACGCCUGUGGCGCAUUGAAGAGGUUAACACUUCUGUUGACAUCUACACUCCAGAGCAGCGCAGUUGUGAAGAGGCUUUCAAAAACACCGUUCGCCGACAACCUGAUGGCCGAGUGGUAGUUCGCCUCCCAUUCAAAGAUGAUCCUGGUUUGUUAGGUCACUCGUAUGAAAUUGCCCGUAAACGUUUUGAAGCUCUUGAGCGCCGCUUGAGCCGCACAUCAGAUGUGAAAAGGCAAUACGCAGAUUUUAUGUUAGAGUACGAACAGUUGGGCCAUAUGAGCUUGGUGACAACACCGAAGUUGGAUGUCCCACAUUUUUACAUACCGCACCACUGCGUACUCAAGCCGAACAGUACCACUACGAAAUUAAGAGUGGUUUUCGAUGCCUCUUGUCAGACAACGACACAAAGGUCUCUGAACGAUUUACUAAUGGUCGGACCGACCAUACAGCCCGACUUGUACACGUUACUUCUACGCUUCCGUACAUAUCGUUAUGCAAUUACCGCCGAUGUCGUCAAGAUGUUCAGACAGAUUCUUGUCGACCCCCAUGAUCGCAAGUUUCAAUAUAUACUUUGGAGAAGUACACCCGAUCAACCAUUACGCACAUUUGAACUGAAUACAGUCACUUAUGGGACUGCUACCGCGCCAUAUCUCGCUAUACGUAGCAUGCAAUACUUAGCUGAGCAAUGCAUGGACGAGUUCAAGGUAGGAGCCGAGGCUAUAAAAUCAUCCUUCUACGUUGAUGAUUUCAUUUGUGGAGCUAACACGUUGGAAUGCCUUCAUCAAAUCAAAACGGAGGUAAUUGAGAUACUUCGUCGUGGUAGAUUUGAGCUAGCGAAAUGGCACUCGAACUAUAGCGAGUUUGUUAAUGACUGUACGAUUAAAGAUCUUAACUUAGAAGACGAUUCAGUAACCAGCACUCUGGGCUUAAGGUGGGAUCAACGAGAAGACGUCUUUAUGUUUGCAUUUGUACUCAAGCGCACAUCACAUGCUGUCACGAAGCGGUCUAUACUAUCAAUUGCUUCGUCUCUCUUUGACCCGUUGGGCUUGGUGUCACCUAUCAUCAUACUUGCAAAAAUACUUAUACAAGAGCUUUGGUUGCUAAAAUUACAGUGGGAUGAGUCAGUUCCGCACAACAUUCACACCGCAUGGACAUCGUUCCUCUCAUCGCUUUCAUCGUUGGAAUCGCUAACUAUACCGCGCUAUUGCCUUCAACCCAGCGUUCAGAGCCUUCAGUUGCACGGCUUCUGUGAUGCCUCAAUUAGGGCUUAUGGAUGCUGUAUAUAUGCACGCACAGUUGACCCUAGCGGUGAAGUCAAGGUCACGUUGAUUACAUCCAAGUCGAGAGUCGCCCCAACGAGGAAACUGUCAUUGCCCAAAUUGGAAUUAUGCGGUGCUCAUUUGCUGUCACAACUUUACGCUAAAAUAAAGGUGAAUUUCGGCGAUACCCAAUAUACAACGUAUCUAUGGAGCGAUUCACAAAUCGUUCUACACUGGAUUCAACAGCAUUCCGCCGCACUAUCUACGUUCGUAGGAAAUCGUAUUUCUGAAAUACAACAAAAAACAUCUUGUUGCGAAUGGAAAUACGUUUCAACGCACUAUAAUCCAGCUGAUCUGCUUUCCAGGGGGUGCUCAGUGAGUGAGCUGCAGCAGUCCAUAUGGUUCGAAGGGCCGGCAUACCUGCAACGCCACCAAGACGAGUGGCCGACGCACCAUCGAGGUGAUAUUGAUCAAGAUAUAGUGAACUUAGAGAAACGUAAAUCGGCUUUCGCUACUGUUAAUGCCACUAACGACCUACUCGAAGCAGUGUAUAAAAUUAGCUCGCACAGCCGAUGCUUGCAAAUCGUAGCCUGGAUGUUUAGGUUCAGCAACUUAAGUAGAAAAUUGGGUUCGUUCGAUACAUUGUCGCCGUCACCACAAGAGCUGUUACAUGCUUUGCAUUGCAUCAUUUGGAACCUGCAAAUAAAGCACUAUUCCGAUGACAUCAAAGCACUUCGCAAAGGCCAACAGGUCUGUAGUAAUCUUAAAUCUUUAAAUCCCUUUUUGCAGAUAACUGACGGGUUCAUGCUGAUGAAAGUUGGAGGUCGAUUGGAGAUGGCAAAUAUUCUGUAUACACAGAAGCACCCGAUACUACUUCCAGGCAAGGAUGACUUUGUCCGCCAGUACGUGCAGUUCGUUCAUCGCCAAAAUUACCAUGCGGGUCCAAAGGCAUUAGUUGCACUCAUACGCCUACGCUUUUGGAUCAUCAAUGCACGGGAUUUAGCUCGCCGUGUCGUCCGAUCUUGCGUGCACUGCGUUCGUUAUCGGCCAAAGCUGGAAGGGCAAAUAAUGGGUCAGCUUCCCGUCGAACGACUCACCCCAUCAAGACCAUUUGCAAGAUGCGGAGUGGAUUUCUGCGGUCCAGUCAAUACGUACCUACGCCUUCGAGGCAAGGUUCCCUACAAAAGCUACAUCGCAAUUUUCGUGUGCUUCGCGACGAAGGCAGUGCACGUUGAAGUUGUGUCAGACUUGUCGUCCGAUGCAUUUAUCGCCGCCCUGAAACGGUUGGUAGCCAGGCGUGGACUACCGUCCGAUAUCUUCUGCGAUAAUGCUACCAAUUUCGUUGGAGCCAGCAACCAAUUAGAGGCCCUCAAGCAAUUUUUGUUUAAGGAUGACACAAUCAAAUCGAUCAACAAAUUUUGUGUACGUGAGUUCAUCAACUUCCAUUUCAUCCCUCCCAGAGCCCCCCAUUUCGGCGGCUUGUGGGAGGCUGCAGUUAAGAGCGUCAAGGGACUAAUCAACCGCACUCUUAUGAACGCUCGUUUAACAUUCGAGGAGCUUACAACUGUCACAGCUGAGGUGGAGGCGAUUCUGAAUUCUCGCCCUUUGUCACCACUCUCUUCUGACCCGAAUGACCUAGCCGCACUCACCCCGGGCCACUUCCUCAUUGGCGACUCAUUACGUGCAUUGCCCGAGACACCCGUCACAGAGCUGGGUAAGUUAGAACGAUGGCGAAGAGUGGGCGCGAUCAAACAACAACUUUGGCGUCGAUGGUCGCUGGAGUAUAUCAAUGAGCUGCAGGUGCGUAGUAACUGGACCAAGCCAUCCCCAAAUGUGUGUGUGGGAGCGAUGGUUAUCGUGCAUGACGACAAUUUACCACCGCAGUGUUGGAUGCUAGGUCGUAUCGAAAGAGUCAUACGUGGAGAGGACGAUCGAGUGCGCGUGGCUGAUGUUCGCACUGCAAAGGGAGUUAUCCGCCGCCCCAUACAAAAGAUAGCGCUAUUACCAGUUACUUGA